AUGGUUGAAAGGGCCGGUGCUGCAAAGAAGAGAAAGGAGACGAUCACUAUUGAAUUAAAGAAGGAGAUCAUAGAGAAGCACGACCGUGGUGUACGCGUGGUGGACCUGGCCAGGAUGUACAACAAGUCCUCGUCAACCAUUUGCACCAUUUUGAAGAAAAAGGAAGAGUUGAAGGAUCUAGAUGUGGCAAAGGGAGUCACCAGAGUCACCAGGCAACGGCCGCGAGUCCUGGAUGACGUGGAGAAGCUGCUGCUGGUGUGGAUAAGUGAGAAACAAUCGGCUGGCAAUACCGUGUCCGAGGCUGUCAUCUGCGAGAAGGCAAAGGCCCUCUACACGGACCUGUUGAAGAAAACCCUUGGCACGUCCUCUGAGGAUGAGGAGGCUUUCAAGGCCAGCCGAGGGUGGGUUGAGAACUUUAAGAAGAGAACUGGAAUCCACAGUGUUGUGAUGCAUGCGGAGGUUGUGCCAGAGGUUCAGAGGUUUGUUUCCAAGUUCCAAAGGCUCCUGGACAGUGAGGGGUGGCUGCCGCAGCAAGUGUUUAGUUGUGUUGAGACGCGCCUCUUCUGGAAGAGGAUGCCCAAGAGGACCCACAUCACGGCAGAGGAGGAGGCAUUGCCCGGCCACCAGCCAAUGAAGGACAGGCUCACCCUUUUGCUUUGUGGGAAUGUGAGUGGGUCUUUCAAAGUGAAGCCCUUGCUCGUGUACCACUCGGAGAACCCACGAGCCUUCAAGCAAUGUAAAGUCCAGAAGAACCAGCUGAAUGUGAUGUGGAGGGCAGACAAGAAAGGAUGGGUCACACAGACAUUUUUCCUGGAGUGGAUCAACGAAGUCUUUGGCCCCUCUGUGAAGAAAUAUCUUCUGGAAGGAAAUCUGCCCCUCAAGGUUAUGCUCAUCGUGGAGGAUGCCCUUGCCCACCCUCCUGGGCUGGAAGACAACUUGCUGGAGGAAUUCAAGUUCAUCAAGGUUAAGUUCCUUCCUCCCAACUCCACGCCAGUCCUCCGGCCCAUGCACCCGCAGGUCACCUCUAACUUCAGGAAACUUUACACCAAGGCACUGUUCCAGAGGUGCCUCGAGGUGACCCGAGGAACAAGCCUGACCCUUAGAGAGUUCUGGAGGGACCAUUUUCACAUGGUGCACUGCCUCAACAUUAUUGGCAAGGCCUGGGAAGGAGUCACAGUGAGAACCCUCAACUCAGCCUGGAGAAAACUGUGGCCUGAUUCUGUCCCUGAGUUUGGUGCCGAGGGUCUUGUUCCGGUGCAGGAGGAGACUGUAGUGGACGACAUUGUGUCUCUGGGCAAGGCCUUGGGUCUGGAGGUGGAUGCCAGUGAUGUUCAGGAGUUAGUGGAGGAGCACGACCAGGAACCUGCGACUGAUGAACUCCUUGAUCCACACACGGAGCAGCAGAAAGGUGUGGAAGAGAUACCUUCUGGGGAGGAGGAGCGAGGGGAGGAAUCCCUCACUUCCAGAGAGAUAAAGGAGAUGUGUAAAAAGUGGGAAGCUGUGCAAAGUUUUGUGCAGAACCAUCACCCCAAUAAGGCAGUGGCUGGGCGGUGCAUGAACCUUUUUAAUGAUAAGGCCAUGUCGCCUUUUAGAGAAAUCCUGAAACGUAGGCAGAGGCAAGUGUCAUUAGAUAGGUUCCUUGAGAAACUUGCACCCAAGGAAUCCAGCAACCCAAAGUUAAGUGAGCCAGAGCCUGGCCUGAGUGAGGCCAAGCGGCCCAGAAGAGAGCCAGCCCCCGAAAUUGAGUUGCCAGCCACUCUCACGGAAGGAGAUUCUCCUUCCAAGCAGUAA